CCACCAGUGACGCAUCGGACCACCUCCCAAAAUCCACCUGCCACCUGCCACCAACUUCAUCAACACACGCCGGCCACCUUCCACUCAGCAGCCAUGUCCACGUCCACCGCCGAAGGCAGUGAGCCUGCCGAUACGGCCGCAUCCUCAGCGCCCUCACGCGCGAAGCCAACGUCCUUCGAGCAUCUGCCAGCCGAGCUUCGCAAUAGCAUCUACGAACUUGCAGGCUGUGGCAAGUACUAUGAAGAACCUGUCAGCUCCCAUUUCCGCCACUCCGUCGAAGGAGACUACACUGUCGAGCAUCAUCACAAAGCCCAUGGCUGCAAAGACCGCGCAUCGUGUUCGAAUGCACCUUGGGAUGAUUUUCGCUCCUGGUCUCCGGCGGCAAUCAUGGUCAAUCCUGCCCGUGACAGCACCACUCGAGUCAACGGGUUUCUCCCUUGGCCUCGAACAUGUAAAUCCGACCGCUGGAGAAGGCCACUGCGCUGCUAUGAAGCAACAACCGACCAGCCUGCGAUUACUCGCGUCAGCCGCGUCGUCCGUGGAGACACACUCUCCAUCUUUUACGGCGGCCACCCAUUCAUCUUCCGAUUGAUCAGUACCGAUGGCUCCGAUAAGGACAAGAUUUUGCAGUAUCUCGACACGAUUGGGUUAGUCAAUGCGAGCAGACUGGAAGAAGUGUAUAUCGUCUAUGCUCGCAAGCAGCAAGAGAAAGAGAUUGAGAAAGACCUGCUCAGGGAGAUGAAAGUUCGUGGAGUCAUCACUGGUGGUAUGGACAAGUUAGGGGUCGUGCGUCUGACGAGGCUUGGAUAUCCGUUCUCCCAGACUGACUCCGGAGUGCUUGACGCUGUUACGAGGGCGCGCGGUCUGAACUACUAGGCUCGGAGAAUGAGUGGUCGAAGUGCUCUCGGCAGAGGAACAGAGAGGCGCGUCAAAUGAGCUUGGCAUUCAG